AUGGAGAAAUUGAACAGAGCCAUUUCCUUCGGCGACAACUCCAAACUGCCCAGCCACAAGGUGAAGUUGAUGUGCAAUUACGGCGGGAAGAUCCAGCCGCGCCCCCACGACCACCACCUAACCUACGCCGGCGGCGACACUAAGAUUCUCGCCGUCGACCGCCGCGUCACCUUCUCCGACAUUCUAGCCAAGCUAACCUCCUUCUCCGGUGCCGCACCCGACGACGACGUCGUCUCCUUCAAGUACCAGUUGCCCGGCGAGGAUCUUGACGCCUUGGUCUCCGUCAUCAACGACGACGACGACCUCGAGCACAUGAUGGCCGAGUACGACCGCGACUGCGAUUGCGUCUCGUCCAAACCGGCCCACCUCCGGAUCUUCUUCUUCUCCGCGAACCGAACCGGAUUUUACAGAAAACUUUGGCGUCGGCGGCGGAGGUGGUGA